AAAGUUUUAUAUAUUAUUGUCUAGAAAUAAUAGAAAAUGUUGAAACAAAUAUGACGCCAAUUCGGCCUUCCCACAAACAAGUGGGGGGCGAAACAUGGGAUGAACAGCCAAUUAUAGAAACUGACAGGAUUAGGCGUCCCUCCUCAUCAUAUGAUUCACACAGGAAUGGUAGUGGCAACACGCCUGAGGAGGGAACAUAUGUCCAGCAGUUUGCUCCAGAGAAUUCUAAGCGAGUUGUAUCCCGCUCUAAUAGUUUUAUUGAGCAUGAUCUGUCUCGUUCUUACGGCUCUUCUAUUCAUAUGCAUCAAGGAUAUGUUGCAUCUUUACCAAGCAGCGAAUAUUUUAUUGCAACUAACAACAUUCCAGAAGAGGAAAAGCAAAAUUUACAGCUAAAAGACGAUAUUUCUGGAAAAUAUGCUCUGGUACAUGAAAAGGAUGUGCAUCGCGAAGGAGGGAUUUGUUCGUCUCUGUUUGUGAGGCGAGCAACAGUAAUGUCAUUGUGGUUUCUCUGCAGUUUUACAUCGAUUGUACUGAACAAAUAUAUUUUGUCCUAUCUCAAUGUUGAUGCAGGAAUCCUAGGUGAAUGUCAAAUUCUGAUGACAACAUUCUUCGGUGGAAUAAUGAUGUACCUUCCAAUAUGCAGGUCCAUUAAACACACUGGUAAACAAACGCACAUGAAUAAAAGACAUUUUUUUAAAACAAUUUCACUGCUGGGAUGGCUACGCUGUGGAGCUGUCAUCUGCUCAGUGGUGGGAUUAAAAUACGUUGCUGUUUCGUUUUCUGAAACGAUCAAGUCUUCUGCUCCAUUAUUCACAGCAGUGGUAGCAUAUUUGUUGCUAGGUGAAUAUUCUGGUUUGUAUGUGAACCUGUCACUAAUGCCAAUUAUGUUUGGUUUGGCUAUUUCCACAUCAACGGAGCUCAGUUUUAAUAUGACUGGCUUUUUGGCUGCUAUCAGUAACAACAUAUUAGAUUGUAUUCAAAAUGUAUUUUCAAAGAAGUUGCUGUCUGGAACAGAGAACAAAUUUAGUCCGCUAGAGUUGCAGUUUUAUACGAGUGUCGCUGCCACAGUUAUACAAAUGCCACUAUGGUUCUUCUUUAUGGAUGCGCAAGCGAAGUUGUAUCAGUUGGAUCAAUACACAGUUUUAAUGUUGCUGUUAAACAGCGUUAUAUUUUACGCGCAAAGUUUAUUCGCCUACUUGUUGAUGUCGCUUAUUUCGCCGGUCACUUUCAGCGUGUCGAACACUGUGAAAAGAGCUGGAUUGAUUUGGUUCUCCAUCUUAGUGUUUGGAAAUGAGGUGACUAUAUUAAAUGCAUUUGGUACGCUCAUGGUUGUCGCCGGAGUGUUUCUAUACCAGAGAGCGCGAAUGAAAGAAACAUCGCAGAGAGUCAGGAUGAUGGAAGAAAAACGCCACAAAGGAAAGGUUUUACCUAUAUAGAAAUUUAUUUUAAGUAAUUAUUUAAAGUCGAUAAAAUUUAGUAGAUAUCAUUACUCUGGUAACCUAAUUUUAAACAGGGGUAGCACCAAAUUUCCGGAUAUUUUGCCACCCAUUUCGAUUUAUUAAUACUUCAUAUUAUUUUUUUUGGAGGUCCGCUUAAUUAUUGGGAAAAUUUAUAACAAAGGAAGACUUACAUAAAAAACUACGAACCUCCCCGAAACUAUUGUUGACCCCGUUUCCAUACUACAGACUGAAGAAUGAACACCCUCAACAAUUAAGUUAUCAAGAGUAGUGUAGGAGACCUUUCUGAAAUAUAGCCUUGUGCCAUUCGUUCGUUGUUACUGUUGACUGUGGAUCAUGAAGAUGUUAUUAUUUUUGAUAUGUAUAAAAUUGACUUGUACACGUUUUUUUAUAUAAGAGCAUUGAACUGCGACAUCUUUAAAUACGCAUAGCACGUUAAGAAAUACGUUGCGAGUGAUCUUGCGUUUUACCGUCUUUAAAAAUGAAGGUUUCACAUAACCAUUCUUCUGAAUUUGCCUUACCGAAAUAAUUUGAAUUGGUAAUCCAAAAUUUAUUGCGCCUCCCUCUAAUCAUCCGCGAUUUUAGAAAAAUGAAAAAAAUAAUAAUUAAUUUUUGUUCAUCUAAGCUUUACAUUCACGUCUCGUUUAAUUGUUUUAUGUAAAAAAUGUCUAGCUGAGAAUUUUCAGAAUUUUACUUUUUGAUAUUGUGAAAGACUAACUCUAAUAAAAAUGCAGUGUAAUAUUUUUAAGUAUCAAAAAAAUAAAUUUAUAAUCAAUUUUA